AUGGAUUUACCAACACAAUUCAACUCCCCAAAGCGAAAGCGAAACCCACCCGCCAGCUCCGCGAUUCCUCCCACCCCACCAUCGAGUUCCCCACCUCCACCCUCAAUACUGCCGAUCUCAGCCUUACCCCCGAUGGUCGCCAAUGAAGAAGAAAGCACUAGGACGCUGAGCGCUGGAGGAAGCAGUCCACGCACAAAAGUCGCAUAUAAUUUCCAGGGAUUGCGGCUCGAGGAUGCCGGGGAUGUUGGGCGAUUAGAUCUCAGUGGGAUGAGUGGGCAGAGAGAAUUGCCCGCGCUGCCUGUGGAUGAGGAGGCGGUGGUUAGGAAGAGGGUGAAGAUACUUGGGAGUUCUAAAGAUUGGGGUGAGGAUGGGAAGGUGGAGAUGGAGAUUCCUGAGACGCCGGAUGUGGCGAGGGUUAAGGAAAGGGGUAAAGAGAAGAAGUUCGCGGUUGUUAUCGGGAAGGAGAGGGUGAGUGGUGCUGUGGACCCCGCUAUUGGAGAGGCGGCUAGGGGACUGGUGUUGAGUAAUGAGGUUGAUCCUGUUAUCUUUCGGGGAAGUGGAGGGGGGCAGGCUGCGAAAGUUAAGGGGGCGGGGUUGCAGAGGGCGUAUCCGAGUAUCAAUCGGCUGGCGGAUUCAAAAUCGAGGGCAAAGAAGAGGGCGGGCACGCCGCCGUUGGGAGGCAAGGGAGAAGAUGGGGAGAAGAUGAGAGUUGUGGAUGAGGAGAGAACUGCGUUAACAUGGCAUGAGGAUGAGAUUACGGGGCACGACCCGGAUGAUCCUGAUGAUGAUGGAGAGGGGAUUAAUGGGAUUGGAUUUAAGCCGACGCCGGCGGAGGCUUAUGCUAGGGCCCAGAAAAGGAGAGCGCAGAUGGCGGAGUAUAGGAAUCGGGAGGCAAGAGAGGCGAGGAAGAUAAGGAGUGAGCGUAGGAGGGGAAGCGAGGUUUCGAAGGCGAGUAGGGAGGAGGCUGAGACAGCGAGGAGAGUCAGAUUCAUGGAAGCUGAGGCGAAAAGUAUUAUUCCGACGAAUUGA